AUUAAAACUUAUUACACUUUUUCAAGAUGAAGGAAAAAAAAAAUAGAUGCAUGAAAUCCUAAAGAUAGAGCUCAUGGAGAAUUAAAUGGCCAAAGAAAAGGAAAAAUUAGAAGUAAGGAUAUGAAUAUAGAAGAUGGACCAAGCAAGCGGAGAAUUUGGGUGAGACAGUCAAACCGAAAACUAAUCUGAUCCGAAACUUCAUACCCUUUUUUUUUUUUCUUUUUCAUUCUCUAACACUAACUCUGCUGAAAACAAGGAGCCUGACCAAUCCCCGUUACAUUUUCCUAUUACUCAGUUCUUCUCGAUUUUAAACUAUAAAAUGCAUUCUAGGUGUUUGUAUAAAUGCCGCACUGGCUCUUGUUUCCCAAAGCUUUCUCAUUUUUCGUUUCCUUGUAGACCCAGAAGCAAAAAUGGGGAGGAUGGCGUAUUUGGCUCUCAAUAGUGAUCCUCUAAUGGAGGAGUUGAUUAAUUCUGAUAUCCAUGAGCUUAAAAUUGCAGCCACUAGGCUUAUUGAACAUGCCACCAAGCUCGGUGGAAAGGGUCUUGGCACUUCCUUUUUCAAAUGGCUCGCUUCCUUUGCUGCCAUUUACUUGUUGAUUUUGGAUCGUACGAACUGGAGAACAAAUAUGCUUACUUCACUUCUUGUCCCUUACAUUUUCUUCAGUCUUCCUCAAGGGAUUUUUAACUUAUUGAGAGGGGAUGUUGGGAAAUGGAUUGCUUUCGUUGCAGUGGUAUUGAGGCUCUUCUUUCCGCGACAUUUCCCAGAUUGGUUGGAGAUUCCAGGGUCAUUGAUUCUGCUUCUAGUGGCAACACCAGGGUUCUUUGCACAUACCUUGAGAGACCACUGGGCUGGGGUACUGAUAUGUUUGAUAAUUGGAUGUUACCUUCUCCAAGAGCACAUUCGUGCAUCUGGUGGCUUCAGAAACUCUUUUACUCAAACUCAUGGAAUUUCCAAUACCAUUGGAAUCGUCCUCCUCCUUGUGUUCCCUGUUUGGGCCAUGGUUGCUCGUUUCUUCUAGCUCUCUAUACAACUCUCUCCCUUCCCAUUUCUUCAAUUUUGCAGCUCUCCCUUUGCAAAACUGAAGUAAAAGAUUUUGUAACUUCUUUGUUCUUUUCUUUGUAGCCCUCUUUAUCUAUAUAUCAUCAAUAUGAGAAAUUGAGUUUUUGUUGUUCUA